AUGGUGCAGAUCCCGUCGGGUGCAGCCCCCGCGUGUCUCGCCCGCAGCAGCGGCGGCGGGGCCGGGGGCCUGGCGCAGUGGGUGCUGGUGGAGCUGCAGGGCGAGGUGGAGCCCCGGCAGAGCGGCGCGCUGGCGGGCAGCCUCCUCGGAGACCUGCACUACACCCGCGAGGGGGUGCCCGUCCUCAUCGUGGGCCAUCACAUCCUCUACGGGAAGGUGGUGCAGCUGGAGAAGCCCUUCGCUGUGCUGGUGAAGCAGGGAGCCGAGGAGCCGGGCCCCGCGGGGCCGGAUACGUGUUACACCAUCGCUGCCCUCAUCAAAACCAAGCUCCUUUUCAAAACCCGCCCCAAACCCAUCAUCACCAACGUGCCCAAGAAAGCGUGAGGACUUGGGCUGGUGGCUGUGAGCACCAGGGCGAUGCAGGGCUGGCAUCUCCAUCCAGUGUAGAGGACUCCAAUGGUCACCUCAUGGUGCAGGUCCUGCAUCUGGGUGCCCAGAGCCCUUCACAGGUCAUUUGUAUCCCCUGUAAUGACUCAGUUUCUGAGAGCUGCCAUGCUCUUGGGCACAAACCCAAGUGCCAUCCCAGGUGAGCAGAGACAUCCUCUGAGCCCAGGGGCUGCCCUCAGGGCCUGGACUCAGCAGGUCCCAGUGUGCUGCCAGCUCUGCCUGGCCCCCUGCCUGUGGCAGAGAGUGGCAGCAGGGCCCAUCUGCUGAUGUGUCCCCUCUAAAAGCACCUCUGUACCUAUGUGGACAUCCGGUGCUGGGCAGGGACUUGAGCCCCAGCUUCCCUUGAGCCAGGGCAGGGGACCAGGACCAUCACCCUCCAUACACACAGACACACACACACACACACACACCACCAUGCCUCGGUGCAAGUCUUUAUUUUGACAAAUCCAUCAGGAUAUAAAAACAGAUUUUUUUCCAAAAUAUGAAAGAAAAAAAAUAAUAAUCAACCGCGGGUUAAAAAAUAAAUAGAUUUACAAACAA